GCUGAACAGAUACCAUUACGCUGGAAGUAUUUCAGUGAUUAUAUAUGCUGAGUGGAAAGACACUGCUGAUCCUGUAACAUGGAGGAUUGCCUUCAUACCUCUUCUGAGAAUCUGUCCAAAUUGGUCAGCUGGGCCCACAGCCAUGGGACUAUUUGCAGCCUCAUUCCUAACCUGAAACACUUGCUUUCGGAAGGUUCUCACGGGAACCUGACAGCAAUGUGGGGCUGUAGUGCUGGCCAUGCUUAUCACUGGCCACUGACAGCUACUUGCAGAGCUGGCUCCCAGGAGAGGGUCUGUUUCCAGGAUAACAGAAGUUUUAACUCGGAUAGUCCCAGCAUAAUUGGAGUGCCCUCUGAGACACAAACUAGCCCCGUUGAAAGGUACCCUGGGAGACCAGUGAAAGCGAAGCUAGACUGUAAUCGCACCAGAGACUCUUGUGACUUCUCUUACUGCAGUGAGCCCUCUGAACUGGAUGAAGCUGUCGAAGAAUAUGAAGAUGAAAACACCCUGUUUGACAUGGUGUGUGAGUCGUCAGUUACAGAUGAGGAUAGUGACUUUGAACCCCAAACCCAAAGGCCUCAAAGCAUUGCUCGAAAAAGGCCUGGAAUACUCCCGUCUUCUCUCCAUUCAAGCUCCCAGGCUCAGAUGGUUGAUGAAUGCAGCAAUGAUGUCAUCAUCAAGAAGAUCAAACAAGAGAUUCCUGAAGAUUAUUACAUUGUGGCAAAUGCAGAGCUGACUGGAGGAGUCGAUGGACCAGCCCUGUCGUUGACACAGAUGGCAAAACCCAAGCCUCAGACUCAUGCUGGCCCCUCUUGUGUAGGGUCUGCUAAGCUAAUUCCCCAUGUAUCUUCUGCCAUCAGCACAGAGCUCGACCCACAUUGUGUGUCUGCAUCCCCCUCUGUGAUGUCCAGACCAAUCGUCCAGAAGACCACCAGGGCAUCUCUGGCUUCACCAAACAGAGGACCCUCUGGUACCCACGGCACCAACCAGCAAGUGGCCAUGCAGAUGCCUGUGAGCACAUCCCAUCCUAACAAACAGAUCAGCAUCCCUUUGUCUGCCCUGCAGCUGCCUGGACAGGAUGAGCAAGUGGCUUCCGAAGAGUUCCUGCCCCAUCUGCCCAGCCAGGUCUCCUCCUGCGAGGUAGCCCUUUCUCCUUCAGUUAACACAGAGCCAGAAGUGAGCUCCAGUCAGCAGCAGCCCCAAGUCGCUCCAACCAUAACCACCGAGGCCAUGGCACAGUGCAUACCAGACCAGGAUGAAAGAGCAGCUGAGCUCAGCAGAGAGCAGAAUGAGAAAACCAUCCGGAGCACGCAGACUGCGCUCCGCAAUUUCCCGUAUUCUACUAAGCUCAACAAAUUUCCUGUAUUUAAUAUUAAUGAUGACUUGAAUGAUCUGUGUACCAGUGCAGUAAGCCCAAAUACUACCAAAGCCACGCGGUAUGCCCUGAAUGUGUGGCGCUACUGGUGCAUGACCAAUGGGCUCAAAGAUCACACGGACAUCACCAAGAUCCCUGCAGUGAAGUUGAACGAGCUGCUUGAGAACUUUUACGUCACCGUUAAGAAGAGUGACGGCUCGGACUUCCUGGCCACCUCGCUCCAUGCCAUCCGCCGGGGCCUGGACCGCAUCCUGAAGAAUGCAGGUGUGGGCUUUUCCAUCACCAGCAGCACCUUCAGUUCUUCCACCAAGAAACUCAAGGAGAAGCUGUGGGUCCUGAGUAAGGCAGGGAUGUCAGGGGCCCGUUCUCGCAAUAUCAUCUACUUCUCCCUCUCCGACGAGGAGGAGAUGUGGCAGGCGGGGUGCCUAGGGGAUGACAGCCCCAUCACUCUCCUGUCCACUGUGGUCAAGUACAACAGCCAAUACCUGAACAUGCGGACACUGCAGGAGCAUGCAGAUCUGAUGUACGGCGACAUCGAGCUGCUCAAAGACCCACAAAACCAGCCCUAUUUUGCCCGGACGGACAGUGUCAAGCGAGAGAGUCGGAGUGCUUCCACUCGCAUAUGUCACGGGAAAAUCUACCACGAGCAUUCCAGGGGGCACAAACAGUGUCCUUACUGCCUGCUCUACAAGUACAUGUACAUCCACCGGCCUCCCACCCAGAUGGAGGCCAAGUCCCCUUUCUACCUUACCGCCAGGAAGGAGGCUGUCGACAUGGGCAGCGUGUGGUAUGAGGAGCAGAGGAUGGGACUUCGGUCUCUUCGGGGAAUUGUCCCAAACUUAGCCAAGAAGGUCAAGCUGGAAAACUGUGAGAACUUCACCUUCGUCUCAUUUACUCAGGUCUCCAGGAGGCUUGGCUCCCACAGCUGCUGCCAGUGAGCCUGCCCUGGGUCCGGGCCACUGCCAUGGGGCAGCCGGGGAUGACCGUGACCUCAUGGCCGGACUGGCCUCUGUCAGUGUGACCUGCUGUUUCUUUGACUUUGGAUUUUUUUUUAACUGAAAGUAGAUGAUUCUGAAUACUUAGGAUGUUUCAUCCAAAUGUGUGUCACCUUUGUUAAAUUAUGGAAUCUAAUACAAUGUGUAAUUGCUACAUACACAGGAGCAAGGACGUUCAUUUUUUCUAGUGCCUUUUUAGCACAGAUUUUCUAAAAAAAAGAAGAAGAAGAAAACUUUAGUGAUUUUCCCCCAAAAAAAUCCCAGUAGACUAGUAGCUUUAGAAUGUUUUGAAAACUAUAUACGUUUUGUUGAAUUACACUCACAAAAAGAACCAGAAAGAGAGGCAGACAUUCACUAUUUCCAGAAGAAAAAUUGCACUUGACACUCCUCUUUAUAUUGUGUUGAUGGAUAACCGAGUUCUGCAGAUUAAGCAGCCUUGCUUGGUGGAAGGUGGUGGAGACGCACUCGGCCUUGCUCUCAGCACUGGGAGGAGCUUCCCUCUGCAUCGGCGAAGACAGUUUCGUGGGAAAAGAUGAAUGCGCCAGAAGCUGCUUGUGGGAGCAAGGUUUCCAGUAAACUAGACGGUGUGUACCAUGAGGGCGUCGCCAGUAGUAAAAGAAGAGGCUUGGAAAAGCGAUCUGGAUCAAAAUGUGAAAACCUCCUGAAGCAGAAGUGCCUAUGUCCUAUUUCUCAGCACCACGUGAAAGCUCUUUUCACUUGAAUAUUUUUUAGAGUUUUUUUUUUCUUUCCUUUAAUCUGUUCUUUGUGUCACACCGUUGUUCUGUCAGCACGUAGCACUGGAUCUGUAAAAGAGCUAAAGGUAAUGUUGAGGCUGAGCCAGGAAAACCCAACCAAACGAGCUGCAAAGGGAACAGAUUGAGAAAUGUGUUGCGCUUUGAUAUAUUUUGGUCAACGUAUGACUUUUUCAGCCACAGUAGGUAUCAUCAUUUUAGGUUGGCACCAGUGUUGGGGACAUAGUGCUAUAGGCAGCCGACCAGGUAAGCAAACCCAGCAGUAAGGACCUAGUUGUAAAAAUCCAAGCAUGAUGAUAGGUUUUUAGUUUAAAACCAUUUCACUCAGGUAAAAUCCAACCUGACCCCUUGUGAUGGAAACAUCAGCAGAAUUUUCUACCAACUACUCCGGACGAGAAGUAGAAAAGGAGCCCAAAGAGUGCUAAUUAAUAAUAAUAAUUUCCUGGGGUCUUUAUUUUGUAUCUGAGGUAAGACUGCUACAGCUUUGUACCAUUGUAUUCCUUGUGUAUGCUUUCUAAUUCAAAAUUAAAAUUCCGGUAUAAGUUGGAAGAGCAGGAGUCCUAAAAUCAGCCCUAUUUCUUUUUCAAAAUAUUAUUUUAUUAUUUAUUUUAAUUAAUUGUUUUUAAAAAACAUUCACUGGUCUCUGAAAUAUGUAAUGCUUCCGUUCCCAGAGAAGACUCAACCAAUGCUGCCUUACGGUUAACGUUGUUCCCUCUUUAGUUCCUGCACAUUUGUAAUGUUGUUAAAACUAGUUGCUCUUUCCUGAAUAUAGUUUCAUUUUGGUAUGUCUCCAUCUGUAUCUGAAUAGCAGGUAACAUUUAAAACUCAGUGUUAUGACGUGGUAGUGCAUACUGUUCUAGUAUGGUUUCCUAUAGUGAUUUUAGGGUUUUGAUUAAAAAGAGACACAAAGCAUUAGGUACAGUUUCCUUUCGCUUGCUAAGCACCCAAAGGAUAUUUUGUUUGUGGAAAGCAGAUGGUCAUUUUUUUUUUCUUGUCAGUUCUGCACUUAAACAGAAAUAGAACCCGUGUGAAUUAUUGGUCAGAGCCUGCAGCCUAAUUAAAUAAAACCUCCAUUUGUAUUUUAAAUAGAUUCAAGAAGAAAUUGCCAUUAGAAUCCCUGGGAUCUCGUCAGAUUUGACAUUCCCAGAAGUAGCAAUAACUGAUCCAGAGGUUGAAAUCUUUCUGUUGACAGUGGCUUUUCAUCAGCUGAAUAACCAUCUCUGCCUCACAUUUGUUACUUAUUACCCAUUUGAUGUCAUGUAAAUCCCCGAGUUCUGAAGUGAGUGAUUAUAGUAAAAAAAAAAAAAAAUCAGGAGGUGGAAUCGUCAGUGAUAGCUGAUGGAAUGAAAGAACUGUCUGAGCAUCUUGAAUGCCGUUUAUGUUAUGAUGUGCCUCCUUGGGGAGUAGGAGUGAGAAAGAAAACACAUUUAUCAAGUGCUGUUCUGUGCCACCCAUUGUACCGGGUCCUUUGUCUACUUUGUAACUGUGUGGAGAUGUGACUGUUUGUAUGCACACACACACUUAGUAAACCUCCUAAAAUGGUAAAGCACCUAUCCAUCUACAUGGCUGUGCCCAUCCUCGGAGGCCCUGAAGGGGUCAGGGUGGCUCGUUCUAAGGCAGUGGUUCUCUUUCCAGCCCGCUCUACACCAUACCCACCGGGGACGCCAUGAUUUUCUGCUCUACCCCUGAGCCGGGAACAAGGGGAAUCCCAAGAGAAGGAAGUGGGGGAAGUUAAGAGUGUCCCCCCACCCUCCUUGUCUUUAGUUCUUUUUGUUUGUAUGUUUGUUGUUGCUCAAAAGUGGGAAUGAAUAUCAGGAAUUUGCAAGUUCACCUAGAUACCAGUUGCCUCUGGCUCUGCGUCAGGGAUGGUGGUGCUGUGGGUGUUACAAGAGACCGAUGGAGUCCCCUGGGUGAGCUCUCGCCCUCAGCACCUCCGCAUCUGCUCCAAAGUGAGCCCUGCUUACUCGGCACCUCCUCCCAGAAUCCAUCAGGUCUCCCCUGGGAAGUCUAUUCUGCCAGAGAUAAUAGGGCGUCAGCUGGAAGGGUAUGAUUCAAUGAAAUAGAAAGCGUUUAGCACAGCACUAGGCACAUGGUAAGCAUGCAAUAAAUAUUAGCUAUUUUAGUUACAGCUUUUGGUAAUAGUAAUAACUAUUAUUAUUAUUCAACUGAUCUGCAUUGCGCUGCUUAUUUCUUCCAUUGUGGAGAUUCUCUCCUUCAAACCGUUGAACUUGAAGAAGCAACCAGGCCUUAUAGUCUGGUCACAUUUAUGCCCAUCAGUUCUACCUCCAACACAGCCACGCCCUGAUACCUCAGAUAAUGAGCAAAAAUAAGUGAAGAAUGGAGAAAUGUUAAGAGGCUUUUUAUAAGACAGAUUUUCCAUGUUUAGUGUGUUUGCAAAGUUAACCCAAGUUGUGAAAGAAGUAGUCUUGGUCAUGUGGCAUUUUCCCGCCUGGCUUGGAUUAUGCAUAGGCUGUGUUCCUCUCCCUGGCUGAUUAAAUGGUGUUUGAAGAAACGUGGGACAUUGUUACCUUGAUUUUGAUUUUGAUUUUGAUUCAGCCUUAUUAAAAGCAUCACGCACCAUUCCACUCCCUCAGCGUGUUCUUAGGGAGGAUCUGGACAAAAUGAUCCCCUCGGAGAAGCGGGAGCCUCUUGUAGUAGGAAGAUGACUAGACUGGUAGCCCCUUCACUACUCACUGGGCGAGUGCUGGUCUCCCUCUCCUCGGCUCAUUGGAGUGGAUCAUCCCCAAAGUGAAUAAUGUCACCCUUCUGCAGUUUUGCAAAACCGUAUCAGUAGGUAGGGGCAAAACUAGGAAGCAAAAUUCCUAAUUCCUCAAGGUCAUAGAGUGAAUCUCUAAGUGAGUGCUUCUCACUAGACUGGAAUGCUUUCUUUAGGAAUAACAGUUUUCUUGAAUUUUCAUGUUUCACAAUGUCUAAAAUUAUUUUGCUAUCUUUAGGCAGCAGACUGUUGAUUAUUUUUCGGUUUAGGCUAACACUGACCACAUGCUACUACUUAAAUAAAGUAAACAAUGUUUAUUAUGCUUUUCCAGCAUGCAUCACUGUGCUUUUAUUGAAAUCUGGAUUGCUGAACAGUUUCGAGCUGGUAACCGGUUAACUUUAGGCAUCAGUAAAUGCAAAAAUGAAGACCUCCAAGAAGAAUUACCUCAUUUUCUUUUUUAAAAAAAAUAUAUUUUAUUGAUUUUUCACAGAGAGGAAGGGAG